AUGGUGUCUUUCCAGUGUGAGGCAUGCGGUGAUAUCUUCACUAAGAAGAAACUCGACCCCCAUCGCAACCAGUGCCGCGGCGCGUCGUUUACUUGUAUCGAUUGUAUGGUCCAUUUCCAGGGAACUCAAUAUAGGGCACACACGUCGUGCAUGAGCGAGGCGCAAAAAUACCAGGGCGCUUUGUAUAAAGAAAAGCCCACCAAGGCCCAGAAGAAGGGGCAGAACGGCCAGAACAACCAGAAUGGCAAGGGCAAGGGUAACGCCAAUGCCAACAAGCAGCCCCGAGUCGAGGAUGGUUCCGAUGGUGACAAUUUCAAGGCCGAAGUGGCCCCGCCCCCGGCGCCUACGCCCCCUCCCGCUGGUGCAGGCAAGGCUACCUCCGAGGCGCUGACCAACGGCGGCAAGCCUGUCAAUGUGUUUGACUACUUGGUCACUGAGGAGACUCCCAAUGCCUCCAGGGUGACUCUGGCCCCCAAGGACACCCCCAAGGAACAGAUGAGCAUGGUUGCGAAUGCCAAAUCUGUAUUUGAGCCCAGCACUGCUCUCGCCAAAUUGGACACCAAGACCGACGACGAGGGCCACUAUGACGUCGCGUACGAAGAGAACGGCUUCUCAUAUGGCGCGGACCCUAUCCCGCCAUCCAUGUACCCCAACGACGUGCCCAACGUCUCUACGGAAUUCGUCACGCCCGCGCCCAAGAAGAGCAAGAAGGAGCGCCGCAAGGAAGAAAAGCGCGCCAGUGCCAGCGCCAGCGAGAAGAAGCGCAAGCGCGGCCAGGAGAAUCCCUCCAGCCCUCCCGCCGACAUGGACACUGACAUGCUGGAUGCCCCAUCCAGCGUGAUCAACAACGCCGGAACCCCCAUUCUCGCACACUCCGGUCUGACCGGUGGUCUGAACCGCAUGAUGCGUUCCCCAUCCCCAGAUGACUCCCCCGACCUCCACCGCUCAUCCUACCACGACGCCUCCUCCCCGAUCAAGCGCACCCGUCGCAACGGCAAAGAGUCCAAAGAAAGCACCAGCAACGGCGACGCCGGCCUGGGCAUUUCCAUCAAGAGCCGCGCCGAACGCCUCGUCACCUCCAUGUUUGGCGGUGGCUCGGUCGUCUCCACCAGCAGCGCCGGCAACGACAACUCGCGCGCCCUAGUCCGCACCCGCCGCGGCUCCUCCUCCAGCGCCGAGGGUGCUCUCGAAAUCCGCAAGAAAAAGUCCCACCGCAGCCGCCACGCGUCCGAUCCACACAUGGAACGCAAAACCAAGCGCAAGAGCAGUAACCCAACGGAAGGCGACAGACCCAGUCGUCGGCAGAAGCAGAGCGAUGAGCGACGCCGUUCAGACUCGCACUCGCCGCAUCGUGAGCGUCAGGUUACGAUCUACCGGGCGUCCAAGCCUCCCGCGCGCACGGAUGAUGUCCUGCAGCGCGAGAUGGCGGCGCAUUUCUUGAGUCUUGUUGGGUCCAGGGAUAGUGAGCGGGGAUGCUCGGUGCAUAAGGCGUUGAAGCGGUUCCAUCGUGAUUUCGAGGAUGAGGGUGAUGUUGAUCGGGAGAGGGGACGGAGUCGGGAGCGUAGGGUGGAGGAUGAGAAGGAUCUUUGGAGGGCUUUGAGGUUGAGGAGGAAUGAGAGGGGGGAGAUUGUUGUUUAUGUUUGA